AUGAACGCCAUGCAUCCUUAUCCAACUCCACCUAGAUCGCCUUUGGGGGGGUUCAUAAACGCGAGUGAUGCUGCUACGUGCGUCAUUGCAUCUUCGCGAGUGGUGAAGGACGGAAUUCUGACAGCAGCCACCAUCGUGAUAGAUAAUGCCACUGGCAAAAUCUCAGCUGUGUUCGACUCUGUACUUCCACCGACAGAUUUUCCGAUAGGCACACCAUAUCGAGACUACUCCCCACAAGUCAUCCUUCCGGGGCUUGUGGAUGCUCAUGUCCACCUCAAUGAGCCGGGCAGAACAGAAUGGGAGGGAUUUUAUACCGGCACACAGGCGGCAGCGUUUGGUGGCGUAACCACAGUCAUUGACAUGCCACUCAAUGCCAUUCCUCCGACAACGACAGUCGAGAACCUGCUCGUCAAGAUCAAGGCAGCUCAAGGCAAAUGUUGGGUCGAUGUUGGAUUCUAUGGCGGCAUUAUUCCGGGCAAUGACCAGGAGCUCAAAGCUCUUGUUCGAGAGGGCGUGCGGGGCUUCAAGGGCUUCCUCAUCGACAGUGGUGUAGAGGAGUUCCCAGCCGUGUCUGCAAUCGACAUUGAGAAGGUCUUUGCUGAACUUGCUGAUGAACCAACGACGGUGAUGUUUCAUGCUGAAAUGCUGCCACCAAUAGCAGACUCUGUUGGUGACGACGUACAAGUGUCGUUGCCUCCACUCGCACCUCGCGGAGCUCUCAGCGAAUACAAUACCUUCUUGCAGUCACGACCGCCAGCAUUCGAGACUUACGCCAUUGAGGAGAUUCUCUCGAUGGCGCACCUUGCUCCAAACUUGGCCCUACAUAUUGUGCAUCUGUCAGCCAUGGAGGGCAUACCACUUCUACGGAAGGCACGUGAGCAGGGUAUCAAUGUCACAGCCGAGACGUGUCCACAUUAUUUGUCGUUAGCUGCAGAACAGAUCCUCGACGGCGAUACACGUCACAAGUGCUGUCCACCAAUUCGCAGUCAGAAGAAUCAGGACAAGCUAUGGGCUGAACUUCUCGAGUAUGCCAACGAGGGUGUAAUCAAGACUAUCGUUUCAGACCACUCACCAUGCACACCAGAUCUUAAGCUCCUGCCAUCUCACAUACCUGGUCAUUGCUCGCCAGCUAAGGGCACAGUUCAGACCGAUAUGGUCGAGGUGGAGUCCGGAGACUUCUUCUCUGCGUGGGGCGGCAUUUCUUCGGUCGGUCUCGGCUUGCCUAUUCUAUGGACAGAAAUGACUCGCCGUGGCCUUACGACACCGGAGAAAGUCGAGACAGCUCUCAUGAGCCUGGUUCAAUGGUGUUGCAUCAAUACAGCCGCCCAGGUCGGCCUCGAGAAACAGAAAGGCAGUAUCAGUGUGGGCUUCGAUGCUGAUUUUUGUGUAUUCGACGACGAAAGCGAUUGGAUUGUCGAACCUAGCACGAUGCUCUUCAGAAACAAAUGUUCACCUUACCAAGGGAAGACAAUGAACGGUAUGGUCAAAGAGACUUGGUUACGGGGCAGACCCAUCUUUGUCAAAGGUGCGCAGAACGAGGGAUUCGUUGGCACAAAAUGCAGUGGACAGUUACUCCUGGAGCCGCGACAGAAGGAAUUGAAGAAGGUGAAAAAUGGAGUGGAUGAUGAAGAAGUCUAUACGUACAGAAGUCGGAAGGCAAUGUCGCAGCAAAACACAUUUACAUUUCUGAUUCCCUGGAUCCCAUAUUUGCCAUUUCGUGCUCUCAAAGACGCCUAUUUUGGGUUGCAACGAGUUUUUGCCUAUUCUCAGGCCUGCGUCAAGAAGUACCCGAGCCGCGACGUUUCAGACAAGCAGUCGACACUCAUGUCUGGCUUCCUGGACUCCAAGACAGGAGAACCUAGAAAGGGUUACAUGCCCUGGUCGAUUGCACAAGCUGGCCAUGGAUUUAUGUAA